GAAACACCCAUCACAGUAGAAAAACUCGUCCCUUUUUUCUCUGUGCCAAAUAAGAGGAAAAGAUGCAAUUCUGUAUUUGUUCCAUGAUCCUUGCUCUGGAUUUGGCUUUCAGUGCUGCUGCUAAUCGGGUGGAGGUAAAGAGGACCCAGAGCUUACCUGGAACAGUAGAGAGUGAGCAUCAGGUUCAUCAUCCCAGAGUCUUCACAGAGGCUGGCCAACAAUGCAGGUUUCCUUUUCGACACGGUGGGGUGCUGCACUUCUCGUGCAUAUCCAAUGCAUUUUCUCUGAAGAAAUGGUGUGCAACUACACAAAAUCAUGACCGAGAUAGAGAGUGGGGUUUCUGCUUGACUUCAUCAAACAAAUCUCUGGGUUGUAUAGAUCCUUGUGGAAGUUUCCCUUGCAGAAAUGGAGGAACCUGUUUCACUGCGCACAACCCAUGUGCUUAUCACUGCUCAUGCCCUGAAGAAUUCAUGGGAGAAACCUGUGAAGUGGCAAAAUGUUUUGACGAAAGCCUCUAUGAAUAUUUUGAGCCUGGAGAAAGUUGGGCCAGGAUCCACCAAGGGAUUGUGCAAGAAUGUACCUGUCUACGCAGCCACAAGGAAUGCCAGCCUGCCCCGUAUACAGAUUGCCCCGCCAACCCUUGCCUCCAUAGCAAUCCCUGCAGGAAGAUUAUCUCCACUGGUGAAGCUGUCUGUGGGUGUCAAAAACCUCUUGUGGGAAAAGUCUGCAAUAUCGUCCCUGGCCAACAGUGCUAUCUUGAGAAAGGGGCAAACUACAGGGGCGUAACAAAGAAGACCACUUCUGGGGGCCAUUGUCUGCCAUGGAAUUCAGACCUGCUUUACCAAGAGCUUCAUUCAGACAUUGUCGAAAAUUCUGUGCACCUGGGAUUAGGACCUCACUCGUACUGCAGAAAUCCAGAUGACGAUGUGAAGCCCUGGUGCUACACUAUAAAAGACAACACUGUGUCUUGGGACUAUUGCAACGUCACAUUAUGUGGGAGAAGGGGAAGAAUGCCUCCCACCCCAGAAAUCGUUGAAGAGUUUGCUGUCAUCAGAAGAUCCUGUGGGAGAAGACAUCGGAAGCGGAAUUUCAUUAGACCGCGGAUUAUUGGAGGGUCUUCUGCACUGCCAGGGUCACAGCCUUGGCUGGCGGCCAUAUACAUGGAUAACAAUUUCUGUGCUGGCAGCCUUAUCCGUGCUUGCUGGGUCAUGACGUCUGCACAUUGCUUCGCUAACAGUCCACCAAAGUCAACAAUCCGGGUUGUUUUGGGACAGCAUUUUUUCAACAAAACAACAGAUGUUACUCAAGAAUUUGAGGUCGAAAAGUACAUCAUGUUUCCUGAUUACUCAGUUUACGACCCAACAGAAAAUGAUAUUGUUUUGGUGAAGCUAAAGAAGACCAAUCAGCGCUGUGCUGUGAAGUCCCAGUUUGUUCAGCCAAUCUGCCUGCCAGAAAAGGGGCUGACCUUUCCUGAUAAUUAUAAAUGCCAGAUUGCUGGAUGGGGCCACUUGCAUGAAAAUGCAUCCUGCUAUUCUAGAUUAUUGCAAGAAGCAAUUGUUCCCAUCAUUCCUGAUAGAAAGUGUCAACAUUAUGAUGUGUAUGGAGCGGACAUUAGUGAAAAUAUGUUUUGUGCUGGUUACCUCAAUAGCAAAUCAGAUGCCUGCCAGUUGAAGGAAGCACCUUGCACCUUGCCAGAGAGACAGCUCUUCACUUGUUGGGUCGUCCACCAGUCAGAGUUUUGA